CAUGGCUUCCACAGAAGUUGGAAAAAUGCAAGAUGAAGCAAAUAAGAGAAAAGAACGUUUAAAAGCAAUGAGAGAUAGACAAAGACAGUUGGAAGGGGACGUUAAUGAACCUCCCGACAAGAGGGCUAAUCUUGAUUCUGGCGAAUCCCUCCCAAAACCGAUUUUCAGGAGCUACAAACCUCAGGAUGAACGUCUGAAAGAACAAAGUGUUGAAGUUGAAAAACCCAAGCCGGUUGAGGUUGGGGACAAAGUCAAAGAUCAGUUAGAAGCUGCUAGACCUGAGCCAGUUGUUGAGGAAGUCGAUUUGGUGAAUCUUGCACCGAGAAAACCGGACUGGGAUUUGAAAAGGGAUGUCGCGAAGAAGUUAGAAAAGUUGGAUCGCAGAACGCAACGUGCCAUUGCGGAGCUCAUUCGAGAUCGGCUGCAAAUGGGAAAUGAGGAUCUUGCUGGUGUGGUCAGUGCUGCAGUGCAACCUGCAGCAGAUGAGGACGAUGAUUGAGGUUGAUGGGUGACUUUGUUACAUUUUUACAACAUGAAUUAAAGCAGUCGCUGUGGAUGUCAAUCAUCGGAUGUGACUAUAUUUUGUUGUUGUUGAUCCACAGGAUGAUGGAAUGACCACCGUUGAGUUGGGAGAGAAAAGAACAAAGUGGUAUGGUGUAGUGGUUAAUCACUACAGAUGUAAAGAAAGUAUAACUCAUUGUUAAACUCAACUAUGUAAGGACUAAGGAGGGACUUCAGGGAGUGGUAUAGUCAGUGCAUGAUCUACUCUUGAGUCUGAAAUGAGUUCAACGUCAAAGCCAUGUCAAGAAACCUUCAGAAACUGCAAUGACUACCAUAAAGUGACUGUGGCAGAAUCGAGUCAUCAUUGUAGAUCUUCUGAUCUGUGGUGCAAUUACGUGAAGGUUACUAUAACACGGGUUAUUUGUCAAGAAACCUUUAGAAACUGCAAUGACUAUCAUAAAGUGACUGUGGCAGAAUCGAGUCAUCAUUGUAGAUCCUCGAUCUGUGGUGCAAUGACGUGAAGGUUACUAUAUAACACGGGUUAUUUAAAAGGACAGCAGUUUCCUGAACAGUAGCUUCCUGAAACUAUUGUGAAGAUUUUACUUUUACUUGGGAAAACAUUUUAUAGUUCAUGUAGGGACAGUUCAUGUAUGCCCGGAACAAUAUUAUGUGGCAUCAUUUUUGAUGAACGAGGAACCUGUUGGCUACUAACAUUUAGACUACCACAGUGUUUACCUAUUUUAACAAGUUUGAAUGGCACAAUCUCAUACUUCGUGACUCUGAAAAUAUUUUCCUGCCUUUGGCUGGAUGAUGUGAUUAUGUCCAUGUUCCAUGCUUUCUGAGGUGGUGUAUCUCAUGGCAGAAUGUCAGCAUUGAUUCAUUAAAAUAAGAUUUUGUCAUGUAAAA